AUGACCGGGGACCCGAAACUAGGACUCAAUAUUAGUGGAGAUAAAACAAGCGGAGAAAGAACUAGUGGAUUAAAGAGGCCGGGAGAAAGAAUGUAUGGUACCAUCAAAAGUGGACUGAGAAUAGCAGGACUAAAAAUUCCUGGGCUCAACACAAAUGGUGACAUUGUGACAGGUGAUAAAAUUAUGGGAACGAAAGAGAACGGUGAAAGAAUAAUGGGACACAGUGCCCAAGGUGAAGCGAUGAGAGCAGAAAACAACCACGGUGACAGAAUUAAUGGUCCGAUAAUUGUUGGAGACGAUACGAAUGUUGAAAGUAUCACUGGUGAAAAUAUCGAGUUCACAUUGAUUAGAGGUUGGCCUAAAAGUAGAAGAAUCAGCUGA